AUGGGUCAAACUUCGGACUUAGGAACGCGUCCACGAGAUAGAGUGAAGACUAAUAAAUUAUCAGACGCCUCUGGAUACCCGCAAUCAACGCUUCAAUCUUUGUCGCUUUCAACGGAUUCCCAACUGGACCCCCUGCACCCACUGAUCGCGAAACUAAGAUCAAGAAUCUCAAACGGCAUAAUCGUCUUGUUCGUGCGAAUAUUGUUAAAAGCUUUCGUGGCUGAGAAAGAGAGGCUGUUAGAAAAGUUUAAAGACGAUGUUGCGAAGCAGAAGGAUGCUAUUGCAAGAGGAAGAGCUAAUCGAGUCGUAAUUUCGAUCAAGCAGGAUGCGAGGGAGAGGAAGAAUGGAAGGGAACUUGAAGAUCUCUCGUGGUUGAGAGGUCCAAAAUGGUUGUUAGAAUUGCAAGCACAGGAUAGGAGGAGUGGAGUCAAUGAAGUUUCCCCACAGGAACUGCAGAAUAGGGAUAGGCGAUUGAGGAAGGAAAUGGAGGGGCAUAAGAGUGAAGAGUACGAGUGGAAUUCUAAGGAUUUCCGCGGCUCUGCUCCUGAGAGUGAGACUGAGGAAGAUAUAGAUGGUAGUAGGGAUAGCGAAGGAGAUGUUGUGAUGGGAGGAUUGGAUUCAUCGAGUGUGUCGCCCACAGAACUCAGUACUCCGUCUAACACGACGGCACUUUUUGAGCUCGAACAAAAGCUGGACCAAGACCUUCAGCGAUUAUUGAAAAAGGGGAUCAAGAAGAUAAAGGAGUACGAUGCUCAUGCGGAAAAUUCCUUGACACAAUUUAAAGACAAAUUGGCGCAGGAUAUUAUCAAUGGCCUUGGAUUGGACACAACGGAGGGUGAACCAUUGAAGUACACAGGGUCGAAAACCAAUCUACCAACUCCAUCCGGGCCUCAUGUGGGUAUACUGAAAAAGAAGUCUGUUUCGAUGCAAACUCCUAUGGAUUCACCAGCGAAUAUUCCGAAGAAAUCAGUAUCGAUUCAGACUCCAUUGGAGGGCGGGGCUGAUUGUGGUAGUACUUCGAAGAAGUCGGUAUCAACCCAACCUUCAAAAGAGAAUGGUGGUAGUCCUUCAAAGAAACCUGUAUCAAUUCAAAUACCAUCCAAAACUCAGAAUGGAGUUUCGGGAAGAUCACUUGUACAAAGUCCAAUGGAUAUUACUGGUAGCGCUUCGAAGAAAGUCCGUCUUGACGAUCCCUUCUGGACUGGCCCUUCAAGUUCAAGUUCAAGUUCAAGUUCAACUCCGCUAUCCAUGAAUACUCCAACCAGUGCACAGAGCCAGGUUUCUUUCCCGAUGAAUGCUCCUACGGGACCAGCAAAGUCCAGGCGUCCCUCAAAUUCUUCGAGUGGGCCUCCUACUCCCAAUGCACCAAAUGUUCCGACAAGUCCGGCAAAUCUUAAACAUUCCAGGCGUCCAUCAAGCUCGUCGACUCGACCGCAGAGUCCCAAUAUGUCGACCUUCCUCGCCGGCUCUGCGAAUGCCAAUUCAUCUACACCUCGUCUUUCUCAUUCUCGAAGUGCGCCAAAGGACUCUCCUUCUCCUCGUCGGCCAUCUAAUGCUGGUCUGCGAGGUGGUUUAGCUUCGCCGUCAAUGGUCUCCACACCAGCGACAGAUUCUAAAAGCACUGAUUCUCACACUGGUAAAAGUUUCAUAUCAUCAUUCAACUGGCUUCCGGAGCUUGAUGAUCGAUUUGAUCUAAAAACUCUAAUCGGGGAUGAGAUUGAAAUCAUUAAACAUGAAUCAAGGGACGACUAUGUUGCAUUUAACAAGACUUCGGGAAAGACGGGUCGUAUCGAUAUCAAACAUUUCAUGCAGGACAUCGAGCCCAUCGGACUGCUUGGUUCAACUUUCAUAUCUUCAAGCCGAUAUGUUCCAAAAUCUUACAACAACUUUUAUGAUUUAGAGAUUGAUCAUGGUGAUGAAGUCAAAAUCACGUCGCAUCACUCCGCCGAUGCAUUUGUAGGCUUCAAUAUGAGAACAAAAAGGGCGGGAAUUUUGAACGCGAAAUAUUAUCUGAAGGAUAUUGAAGACGCCGAACUUGGUAACAAAAUCGCCACGCGAUUUGGUCCAAGUUACAACGAUAAAGACGAUCCUCCUAUUUCACAUAUCGGUAAAACCUUCAGAGCAACAGAUACCCAGAGCCCAAAACAUCCCAAAGAUGUGGCUACUUUAAAUAUUAGAAUUGGCGAUAAGAUUGAAAUUACCAAUUAUACCAAUGGAAACACUUUUGUGGGUUUCAACAAGAGGUCAAAAGAAAAAGGGCAAUUCAAUAUGGACACUUUCUGGAAGGAUAUCGAGAAAUCUAGUCUUGACCUUAUUAGCGGACCAUCCACAUCCAAGAAAAACUCCCAAAACAGCAAGCAUGUACACGUUGGCAAAACUUUCAUUGCAUCACACGACUAUUAUCCACGUAGUGAUGCAGCUGAUGACCUGCCCAUAAGAUAUGGUGAUGCUAUUGAACUUGUCAGACAUGACUUUGGUGACAUAUUUGAAGGAUAUAAUACCAGAACAGAUAGGAUGGGGCUAGUCAAUAUCUUCUACUUCAAGAAAGACAUCAAUUCUGUUGGUAAAACUGGAGAAUCUUUCUCAGCAACAGGGUCUCGACGUUCCGAAAAUUACUCAUAUGAUAUUGGUAUUCCACAGACUGACGGUAACAACGACUCCGAGUAUUAUCCCCAAAUCAACCCCGCUGCACAUGUUGGCAAAAUUUUCAUCUCAUCACACUCUUGGCUUCCUAAUAAUGGCAUUGAUCUAGCAAUACGUCUUGGCGAUGCUAUUGAAAUUAUCAACGACAAUUUUGAGGGAAACUAUGAGGGUUACAAUACCAGAACUAAGAAGUAUGGCCGAUUUCAAGCCAGAUACUUUCAGAAGGAUAUCGAUGCUCUUGACUAUAUUGGAAAGAUUUUCACAGCCACAAGCAGCCUAUACGAUCCGGAUUUCAAUGCCCUACAGAUUAAUUUUGGUGAUGCCAUUGAAAUCACGAACGUCAUAGGCCGAGAUCUGUACACGGGAAACAACCUAAGCACCGGGCAAUUGGGAGGCAAGUUCUACAUUGAUCAAUUUCGAGAAGAUGCCAAACGUGGUCAUUAUGCUGGUAUCGAUGAAAACCGAGGAAACGACGAACAUCGCCACUUUGCUGGUGAAAUCCCGGGCGACCAUUCCGCUCAUGAACCUCGAGAUAAUGAUUCACCUGACAAUUACAUCAACAAAGUCUUCACAGCAACAAGUAGCCAAAGUCCUCGCGGACCUUCAGACCUCGUCACGCUAUCCAUCUCCAUAGGUGACAUGAUUGCAAUCAACAAAUUCGUCUCCGGCUCCACGUUUCGCUGCUUCAAUAUUACGACUGACAAAACUGGACAUGUCAAAAUGGAUAAUUACUGGAAGGAUAUUGAGGCUAAUCGGAGAUUGAGAGAUGCCAUGGAUGAUAAUUCGCCUGCUAGUCGAAUCUCUACACCAGGUAACUUGGGGGGUGCUGUACACCAACAGCAAUAG